AUGGAGUUUGGGAGGAAGAGAGAGAGACCACAAGGUGACUUUUCUGGCAACGGAGGCUUCAAGAAAUCGAAGGAAGAAAAGGAGACAACUGGUGUAGGAAGCAAAUCAAAGCCAUGCACGAAGUUUUUCAGCACAUCCGGAUGCCCAUUUGGUGAGGGAUGUCACUUCCUGCAUUAUGUUCCGGGCUAUAGUGCAGUUGGUCAGAUGACAAACCUGGGUGGUCCAGUUGGAAGAAAUGCCAUGCCACAGGCGCCCUUUACUGAUGGUCCUUCCCCUGCUAAGACUAAGCUCUGCAACAAGAUUAACACCCCAGAAGGAUGUAAAUUUGGUGACAAAUGCCGCUUUGCACAUAGUGAGAUGGAGCUCGGCAAGCCCUCUUUCCCAAGGUACGAAGAUCCCCGAGCCAUGGUACCAAUGGUCAACAGGUUCUCUGGACGGGCUGAAGCAUCCCCUCCUGGCCUAGCUGCUGCAGCCAACUUUGGUUCGUCAGCUACAGCCAAGAUUAGCAUAGAUGCAUCUCUUGCUGGAGCCAUUAUUGGAAAGGGAGGCGUGAACUCAAAGCAGAUAUGCCGCGUUACUGGUGUGAAGCUUUCGAUAAACGACCAUGAAACAGAUCCAAAUCAAAGGAAUAUUGAGCUUGAAGGAACCUUUGAUCAGAUUAAACAGGCUAGUAGCAUGGUACGCGAGCUCAUUGGAAACAUUCGUGCUCCCACGGGUCCUGCAAAAAACCCGACUGGGAUUUCUCCUCGUACGACUCCAGCUAGUAAUUAUAAGACUAAGAUGUGUGAAAAUUUUGCUAAGGGGUCGUGCACUUUUGGGGAAAGGUGUCAUUUUGCCCAUGGAGCCCAUGAGCUCCGCCAACCGAAUGCUUGA